CUUAUCGGUGUCCUUUUGGGCCAGACUGUGCCACGGAUAGUAGCCAAGAGCAGGACAGCAGCAGAGCGCCCGGAAAACGCUGCCAAGAACCGCUUCAAAAACAUCCUUCCAUAUGACGACACUCGAGUGGUUCUUUCCCGCCUUGGUGACGACCCUUUCUCAGACUACAUCAACGCCAGCCAUGUAGAGGGCUACGGGAGCAUGCACUACAUCGCAUCACAAGGUCCCAAGGACGCCAGUGUGUGCACGACCGCAGACUUCUGGAGGAUGGUGGUGGAACAACGCAUUGACGUUAUCAUCAUGGUGGCAAACUUCGUCGAAAUGGGAAAGAAGAAAGUCAGUGAAUACUUCAGCCCUGAACAUGCACUAAACUUUGAUGGCUUUGAGGUAACGAUGAGUUGCAGGAAACAGCUUCCUUACUUCACUGUGUCUACCCUUACGGUAAGGCGGAAUGGCGCGGCGCGCCAGGUCCAGCACUACCACUACAGCAAGUGGCCUGACCACGGCGUCCCCACCGAAGUAAUCUCCAUCGCCCGAAUGCUCGCACAUUUCCAGGCUCACCACAGUCAUGGAGCAACAGUUGUACACUGCUCGGCUGGCAUAGGACGAACAGGUGCGGUACUGCAAGUUCUUUUGAUGUGCGAGAUGCUGAGCCUCAGGGGCCACCUCAGCUCCAUAGAAGUGCUGGCCAGACUAAGGAUGAGUCGUGCGCUCUUGGUGGAGAACGAAGCUCAGUUCAACCUCAGCCUUGAGAUUCUGGAUGAGAUCUUGUUCGGGAAGAAGAUGGUCAUGUCAGCAGAUCACCUCAAGAAAUUCCUGGACGGAUGCGUUUUAUCAAGCGGAGACCAGUACGCCAUGGCCAAGGCUCUUCCCUCUCCCCUUACAUACAACACAUCCAACCUGCCUGUCUUCUGGCCACUCAAUCGCAACCAAGCAGUAUUACCAGCAGACUCAAACCGGUAUUACCUUCAACCCAAGGCGGGGCUUGAGGUAGGGGCUUCCCAGUACAUCAAUGCUAUCCGCAUACCGGGCAUUGACAAGAACAGGUUUAUGCUGGCAACAGAACACCCGAUGCCGCACACCAUUGACAACUUUUGGAGGCUCAUCGCCGAGACAGGAUCCACGAUGGUCUUCUUUAUCAACAGCUUGGAAGAUCAGGACGAGAAUGACUACCCAAGAAUGCUGUUGGGGCCAGGAGAGACUUGGAAAUCAGGAGACUACAAGCUGAAGGAAGAGAGCGCGGAACCUUACGGAACAUGGCUCACUCAUUCAACACUCACCAUUACCUCAAACGAAGACUGGAUUCACCGCGUCGACGUGUAUCAGAGCAACAACUGGCCUUCCACCUCCUCAUUGCCACCCUCCCUGCACCUCCUGUUGACCAUUGCUGAGCUGCUGCAUGUUCCUCGCAGCGCCACCGCUGGACCACCUCUACUGUGUUGUAGAGAUGGCGUGACGGGGUGCGGGUUGGCAGCAGGCAUGACCCUGCUGGUGGAACGCUUGCAGACUGAGCAGAUUGUUGACGUCUACAGGACGGUGGUAAGGCUGCUGCGCGCCAGGCAACAAUUUAUCGUCAAUGAGGAACAAUUCUCGUCAUUGUACACCGGGGCCGCCAUACACCUGGAUGAGUACUCAGACUACGGUAACUUCCAGUGAGAAGCAGCCUGACUGUACGUCGAGGCCAUCAUUAACCUGCAUGAGUAACUUAAGAUACUCAGUACCAGGUAACUUUGUUGACAAACCAAUUUGCAAACUGUAAAUGUACUGUCUACGAAUAGCACGGAAGUUGUUUACAAUCUACAUAAAAAACUAUACUGAAAUACAUAAAAUGUUUAGAAACGGUUUGCAAAUGAUAUUGAUGUCUAUUUUUCAUUUAGAAUGGGAAUCAAAAUAAAAGUUCGUAAUGAGAUGGUCUGCUUCGAUGCAUAAAAAAGUGUACUGGAGUUUCGUAAGUAAAUAUCCGCUUCUCAGAUACUUAAUAAAACACCAAGUCUGAAGGAACCUGAAGUAACCUAUUUGGAGCUCGUACCACUC